GCAGCAUCUGAACAUCGUCGUGUAAACCAUACUCUCACAAAUAAUAUGAUAAUUGUGAUGACAUUUCUAAGUCUAUUUUUAUCUCGCAUUUAGUGAUAACAACCUACCGAAAUAUUGAAUUAUGUAGAGCGGUCUAGACAAAGACAAGUUCAUUGAAACGUAACGUUGUUAUUUUAAUGAGAUAGUAGAACAUCGCGUAAUAUAACAGCAGACAUACACGUUUACACACAGUGUUUGGCAGCUUAAUCCACAUCCAGUGUGUUAUCCCGAUCCAUGACAAUGGAAGACACAAAAAAUUGUGAUAAUAAACCAAAUUCCCAGUUCACUUGGCAACAAGUAUCUGAACACAAUCAUCCAGACAGUGCAUGGGUGAUUUAUAAUCGGAAAGUGUACGACGUUACAAAAUGGAUUGAUAAGCAUCCCGGUGGCAAAGAGAUGCUAGUGCUUCAUGCCGGUAGAGAUAUCACUGACACAUUACAAUCCUAUCAUCCGUUCAGCGAUCUACCGUUGAAGGUGAUAGCAAAAUACGAAAUCGGGACGUUGACAGGCGAAUCUGAAUUCCCGGAAUUCGCCAAAGACACCGGAUUUUACCAAGAAUGUCGUGAGCAAGUUGGAGAAUAUUUCCGGAAGCGAAAACUCGAUCCCAAAGAUGGUUUCCCGGGACUAUGGCGAAUGUGUUUGGUGUUUGUUGUGGCCACUUUGUCCUAUUUCGUUAUGAAUGGAUGCGUCGGAUCGAUGAAUUAUUCGCUACCACCAAUGAUCCUGGCUGGAAUUGUGUUUGGAGUCUGUCAGGCAUUACCACUGCUCCAUGUCAUGCACGAUUCGUCACACGCGGCAUAUACAAAGAAUCACAGAAUGUGGGGUCUGGUAGGCAGAUUCACUUUGGAUUGGUUUGCUGGUGCGAAUUUAUCGUCUUGGCUCCAUCAACAUGUUGUGGGACAUCACAUUUACACAAAUGUGGCUGGUGUGGAUCCUGAUCUACCGGUCAAUUUUGAGAGUGAUAUGCGUAGGAUUGUUGAACGACAGGUUUUGAGACCCAUCUAUGCUUGGCAACACAUCUACCUGCCCCCACUUUACGGUUUGUUGUCCAUCAAAUCGAGAUUGCAAGACUUCACCGAUACUUUCAUGCGCCAAGCCAAGGGAUCCAUUCGUGUCAAUCCAUUGUCAACAAAAUCCUGGACCCUCCUGGCAUUUUCCAAAUGUUUCUGGCUAACUUAUCGCAUUCUCAUUCCAAUUUACUAUCUGAACGUUCCGUUGGGAUUUUUUUGGACCACAUUUGCAAUAACCGAAUUGGUGACCGGCUGGUAUCUUGCAUUCAAUUUCCAGGUCAGUCAUGUGUCGACCGUCUGUGAAUACACUUGCGGCAAAGAAAAUCUCACACCGAAUCUGGCUGGUGAAUGGGCCGUAUUGCAGGUAAAGUCCAGUAUGGACUACGCCCAUGGAUCGUGGUUUACAACUUUCAUGACGGGAGCACUCAAUUAUCAAAUUACCCAUCAUCUGUUUCCGUGCGUGUCACAGUACCACUAUCCGGAUAUUGCACCGAUCAUAAUGGACAUAUGCAAGAAAUACGACAUCAAGUACACCGUACUGCCAUCGUUCUGGGAUGCAUUUACGGCUCAUCUGAAACAUUUGAGAACUAUGGGCGUGUCGGGCAGAUCAGUUAGUGUGCACAUGGGCUGACUACUGUACAUAGUUAAUGAUCGCAAUGCAUAGAAUCCUCAGAACAUUUUUGAAUUAAAUCGAAUUUCUUACCGAA